GUGCCCUUGUUUACAUUUAUUUCAAAAAUUCAACUCUCGCAUAUUUAAUUAAAUUAAGUGGUUUAUAAGUGUAGCUGGUGCUUAAAAAUGUGUACAAUGGAAAGAUAGGAUUUUAAUAAUAGUUUGUUGCUCAAAAGUAAGCAACGGCUGGCUAUAUGCUUCAUAUUUUAAGGACAAUUUUUUAAAUGUUGAUAAAAGUGACACUAAAGUCUGUAAAUAACAAGCUACAAACAUGUUUAGUAGACAUAACUGGAUGUAAGCAAGUGAAAGAAAUGAUGUAAAGUCAUAAAAGUGAUGAGAAAAGUGUUGUGGAAAGAUCAAGUCUAGUCAGCCUUAUUAUAUUAUUUUAGUCGUGAAUCUGAAAAAUUGUAUUGAUACAAAUAAUUAUUUUAACUAGUUAGGAGAGCAUAAACGACGUAUAAUGUAAAUAAAUCGUAGUUAAGGACAACUAUUAAACUCAAUAUUACUCGAAACUUUAGUUAUACUUUGGUUUACUCUAAUAUCAAAGAUAAAAACAUAAGUUGGUAGAAGAAAAAAUUAAAAAAUCUGUAAAACCUCAUAACAAUCACUUCAAUUCAUCCAUACUGAAUCUUUCUAUAAUUCAUACAAUAUUCCAAAUGAAAGUUGCAAAAAAGAGUGCCUAAAACAGUAGACAGAGAAGCAUAGAGUUUAUCAAUGAUUUGUUUAGAAUUGCAAAAUGUCUGAACUAGCUUACGGAAAUUAUUCACUCCUUGACAAUCAGCAAGAAUCACCUCUUUAUACAGCUAAAUAUGACUACUCAGCUUUAGGUGAAGAUGAACUGGAUUUGCGAGUUGGACAAAUUGUUUGGGUUUUAUCAAAAGAUGAGUCAAUUUCUGGUGAUUAUGGAUGGUGGACUGGCAAGAUUGGAGAUAAAGUAGGAAUUUUUCCUGCAAACUAUGUCACAAGUGACGAUACGAUGCUUAAAGAUGCUCAUCCUCAUGAAAUCAAGUACGAUGAUUUAGAUGUCAAAGAAGUAAUUGGUGCUGGUGGAUUUGGGGAAGUGAAGAGAGCAUUUUUAGGAAAUGAUGUCGUUGCUGUAAAAGAGGCUCGCCACAAUCCAGAACUUGACUAUAAUGUGACUAAGAAAAAUGUAUUGCAAGAAGCCAAGCUUUUUUGGUCACUCAAACAUCCAAAUAUUGUUUCUCUUCGUGGUGUUUGCCUUCUACCACCAAAAUUCUGCUUAGUUAUGGAAUAUGCUAAAGGAGGUUCACUCAAUAGAAUUUUAUCAAGUAGUCGGAGAAUUCCUCCCGAUGUUCUCAUCGAUUGGGCAAUACAAAUUGCAAGAGGAAUGAGUUAUUUACAUAAUGGUGCACCGAUAUCGGUCAUUCAUCGUGAUUUAAAAAGUUCAAAUGUUCUUAUAAGUGAGCCAAUUGACGACAGUGAUUUAAGAGGUAGAACCUUAAAAAUUACAGAUUUUGGAUUGGCUAGAGAAGCUUACAAUACAACACGAAUGUCUGCAGCAGGCACUUACGCAUGGAUGCCACCAGAAGUUAUAAAGGCUGGAACCUAUUCAAAAGCAUCCGAUGUUUGGUCUUAUGGUGUUCUUUUAUGGGAACUUUUAACUGGAGAAAUUCCAUAUAAAGGAUUUGAUUCACUAUCUGUGGCUUACGGAGUAGCCAUCAACACGCUUACACUUCCAAUUCCUAAAACAUGUCCUGAAGCUUGGGGAAAUUUAAUGAAAGGAUGUUGGGACAUUGAUUCGCACAAAAGGCCUCAAUUUAAAGCAAUAUUAAGGGAUCUUGAAAUCAUCGCUGAGUCAGGAUUUAAACAGACUCCACACGAGUCAUUUCACAACAUGCAAGACUGCUGGAAAAAGGAAAUUGCUGAAGUUCUUCACGAGUUACGUUUAAAGGAAAAAGAAUUACGUUGCAAGGAAGAAGAACUUACGCGAGUUCAGCAACAACAGAAAAAGGAGCAAGAAAAUUUAAUGAAAUUAGCCCAGGAGUUAAAGAAUCGCGAGUUGGAUCUGCUAGGACGAGAGUUGAAAAUAAUCAUGAACAAUGCACCGACGCCGUUGAAGAGAAAAAACAAAAUAGGGACUUCCAAACUAAAGCUACUGAAGAAAACUCCAUUUCAAAUAUCCUUUCCAUUAGAUUUUAAACAUAAAAUAACUGUAAUGCAUACAGGUUCUGCGGACGAAUCGAAUUCACAGCAAGCAGAAACUCCUCCUCCCAAUUCACCAGCACCCACAAGAUUAAGAGCAAUUGCUCUUCGAUCCGAUGAUGAUGAUGAUGAUGAUGAUACGCCGUCAUCAACAACAACAAAAGGAAAAACAUGGGGACCAUCAUCAAUGUCACAUCAAAGAGAGCGUGGAUUUUUGCCAGCCUUUCCUCAAGAGCGCUCACAAAAUUUAGUUAAAUCGGCACCAAAUCUUGAUAAUAAGUCGCGCUCAUCAUCAUCGACCGAUAAUAUUCUUUUAGACGAUAGCAAUUCUGAAGAAUGGACGCACGAAGAUUUCGGGAUUUCAAGCUUGCCGUUGUGUUUUCAGCCGUUAGUUGAGCGCGAUAAAAAGAAGUUGGGAAUUGUAGAUAGUGUAAUGUAUAAUAUGGCUUCAUUUUUGGCUAGUUUUGCCACUGGAUUCGACAUAAGGAUCUCAAACCUUCAACCUCAACCAGUUAAUCAUCCACGACUUCAAAGUACACAACAGAUUCCGACAAGUGAAUUUGAUAUGCAUCAUAGUCCGUUAUAUAAAGGCAUUUAUCCACACGAGAAAGAUAUACUGAAUGUAGGAAACCCGCAUUUAAAUAAAUUAUAUGGACUUGAUACGUAUCAUGGACCGACGAAACAGAAAAUGAGAGUAUCGCUAAAUCAGCUUGCGGGAUUUCAAAAUAGUCGAAUUCCUAAUAAUUACAUGCAGUCAACAACGUUAACAACAACCAGUGGUUUAGGGUCAAAUUUUACAUCGUACACAACAGAUCCAAUAGAUUCGUCCUCGAUGAGUAGUUUAGCUAAUUCGAAAAUGCACCCAAAUGUUGGAACGUCCUCUUCUUUCAUAGAAAGUGAUCUCAUAGCUGACGAAUAUUUGUUUAUUCCUGAAGGCGAAAAUCCUAGAUUUAUAUCCCCUCCAAUGAUGUCUAGUCUAGAAUCUGAUUAUUACCAGCAUCAACAUUCCAACAUGAAUCCAUUUCAAAAGAAUCCAACAAUGUACAUAAAUUCUGGUCCGACAAGCUUUAUCGAAAUAAGUAAUCAAUACGACAGUGAUAAUUAUAGACAAGUGAAUUAUGUAGAUCCACAAAUUCCACCUCAACUUCCUCCAAAAACACCAAUUCGUACGCCAGUGAUGGGAACUAAAACAAUACAUCGUCGAACACUUUCAAAUACGUCGUCGAAUAAUUUAAAUAAUCGUAAUUUUCAAAUUGAUCCAAUGGAUCCGCGCUUAGAUUUGGAUUAUCGUUUUCAAAACUUUAAUAUUGCUGGCGGUGCCAUUAGUCGUGAGCCAUUACAAUUUCAUUCAGUGCCAUAUACAUGUAAUUAUGCCGAUACAGUAGUUCCUAAUGAAAUACCAAAUCGAAUGCGAUUGUACGAGAACAUUAGUCAUUUCCAACAUAAUUUUCAAGCAUCAUCAUCACUACCUGCAUCCCAUUGUCAAACGCCAAUCAAAUCAAUACGAAAUGAUGGAAAUGUACAGCCAGAACAAUAUAAAUCGCCCAUUUCGAUGUCGAAUGCUGAAAAAAGGAAAAUGUUCUUUGCUGUGGACAAUGUUGAAGUCUCAAAGUCCCAAAUGUCAAACUGUGAUCAAAUUAUUGUCAGUGAAGCAAAUAUUAAUAAUAUUAUAAAUUCGACAAAAAUUAACAGUACAGGAGUUACUCCUACUCAUUCCACUCCGCAAGAUAGCUUUAGUGAUGAUAGUUCAUAUUUAAGUGCUUUAGCACGAUUCAGUCCCGACAAUUUUCUUAAUGAAAAUACAAAUAACUUCAAUGGGUCGACAGGUGGUCGUAUAAAUGCCACAAACAUCCAGCGAUCAACAGUUAGAAGAGCAAUUGAAGUCGAUGAUAAUGAGAAAUAAAAGAAACCUUUCUCUCUUAACUAUUUAAUGAUCAUAACAAUAACAGUAUGUAUAAAAUGAAAUUGAUUUCGGUGCUACAUUCAUUUUUUAAUGCACACUAACCAUUAGCCAAAAAAAGUCAUUUUAUAUUCAAUAACGUUGAUAUUUGAUAGGGUUACAAAGGAUUGAAUUGGAUAUUUUAUGAUAAUGUGAUGUUUUUUGCGACACGUUUCAUGAAGCUUCCAAGCAUGCAAAAUGA